AUGGAGCCUGACGCUUCCGUUUUGCCCGAAUUUGUCCUCAUUGCUCCUUCUCCACGCACCAAUCCCCGUACGAAGGUGACCCAACCUUCGCUUUGUGACUCCUGGCUCGCCGCGCUCAAGGACUUGCCGGAGCCCGUAUCGUCACGCUUUAAGGUUAAAGAGGCAAAGUUAGAUCCCGCGGCGCUUGCACAGGAGUUUGGGACCUUCGAAUGUUUGGUGUCGCCUGCGAAUGCGUUCGGAUCAUGGAUGGAGGGACGUACUCAAAAGCCGACAUCGAGGUUACCUCCCUCCUGCCUCGUGCACGCUCGAUGCAAGGUCCUCGCCGUCGUUUCAACUAUGCGCACUCCAGAGGACGUCAGCUGGCACAUCGAUCUCGUCUACGACAGCAUGUGGAACCUCCUCACCGCGCUCUGGCAGUGGAACGAAGGCGAGAGACCGAACGGAGCAGAGCCGAUCAAGAGGGUCCUCAUGACGGACCUUGCUACGGGCAACGGCGGGAUUGGAUUCGAUAAGUGCGUGAGACAGAUGUUCCUCGCGGCGCUCAAUUUUGCUCGUGGAUGGGGAGAUCAUCCAAGGUGGGGUGGGCUGAUGGAUCGAUGCAGGGAGAUGGAUCGCACGCGUGUUUUCGGGGCGAUUCUGGUGAAGUACUGUAAAGUUAGGCGUCUUGUUAUUUUGUUGGAGAUGUUGUUGGAAUUUGAAGGAGCAGUACGGUUACUCGAACGCACAAACGAAAGCCUCUGUCAUCUGAAGGGAUGCGCUCAAUUUAAAAUAUGGACGUUCAGCCAGCAAACCGGAUUUGGGCCAGAGAGAAUUAGCCGGGAGUGCAAAUGA